AUGCACAACCACGACAUAAGCCACGACAUAACCAUUGCCACCCAAAUAGCCAGAGGAAUGGCUGCAUUUUACAUCACUAACGUAAGCCGUCAACAUGGAGGAUUAUACAGCUGUUACUAUUACAGCAACCUAUUUCGGUCAAACCACAGUGAACAAGUCAAGCUAAUGAUAAUAGAUCAAAUGUUAGGAAAGCCUAAUAUCUCCUUCAGUUCUGUGGAUCAGAUCACACUGGGAAGUAAUUUCACCAUCCGUUGCCAAAGCCCACAUGAGGACGUGGAGUUCUAUUUCCAAAAUGCUAAUACCCAGGUGAUGCAUCAGACCACGGCAAACCAUUUCAUUAUCGGCCGUGCAGAUCCGAGGCAUGGAGGGAACUACCAGUGCAGCUACACACGUCAUUCAGAACCCUUUAUCAGCUCAGAGCCCAGCAACUCUCUGUUGCUGCUGCUGACGGAUCCCAGUUUACCAAGACCCAGUCUUUCCCUGAGUUCUGUCGUUGUCAGUGUGGGAGAAACUGUCUCCCUCCAGUGCCAAGCCAAGACAGGGCCAACACAGCCAGCUUCACCAUCACUGCAGAGCAGGACCACAAUCAAAGCUUUGCCUGUAGUUACUGCCCUUCGUCGGAUCUUUUUUGUCAUCUCAGAGCCCAGUACACCUGUGGAGUUUCUAGUUAUAGAUCGCAGGUUACACACACCAACCAUCUCCAUUGUUACCAGUCAGCUGAUUGCCCCCGGAGCACAAGUCAACAUCACGUGUACAACGAAUGGUGGACCUGCAAAUUUCUAUCUCCACAAGGCUGGAGAUCCAGUGCCAAAACAGUUGAUGAAGGCUCACAAUCAUGUGGGUAUUUUUUCCAUUGGCAAUAUCAGCAGGGAGGAUGAAGGGAACUACAGUUGUAGCUAUGCAUGUUUAGAUCGUCUGCUGUUAGUCUCACAACCAAGUAACUUCCUGGAGCUUCUUAUAUCAGGUCCUCACACCCCCAAUCUGGGGAUUUCUGAGCCUCCAGAUUAUACCCUGAUCAACAUAAUUAGAUUUGCCAUAGGAAGUCUGAUCCUCUUCCUCCUCACAUAUGUCAUAAUCAGAGACCAGCAGCUCCAAAGGAAACAUGGCCUUAAGGUGAGAUGACUCCCGUUCUGGAGGAAAAGUGGAUUUAAGAUUUUGAUGUGCAAAAGUACAAGAGAUGUUGAAACCAUUGGCCAAGAAACCAAGCAGAGAUAGCUCCGCGAGUCCACCAUGAUGACAAGAUAAUUUUCUCAAGACAUACAGCAAUAUGAGAUAAUUAUUUUUUCAACACUCAGGCAUCCCAGAUGCAUCACUGAUAAGCAAGCUACUUUUUAUCACUGGCUACAAACUAUGAAUUGGAGGGUUUUCCCCAAUUCUUUCUUAUUUCCUUGCAAAAACAUGCCAGGUAAUUUUUGGUGCAUCCAUUUUUAAACAAGUCUUUAACUGAUCUAUUACAAGAAGCACGUUUAAAUUACUGGGGCUGCUCUUCAAGGCACCAUGUGUUUAUUCUCUUUGGUUUAAUUUAUAUUUUGUAAAGUUUUUUCUUUUUACCGGUAUUUGAUGUUAUUGUGUUUUAGAUGUGUUACUCUUAAACUGUAUUUAAAAAUAAUA